AAACGGUGAUAGGAUAACACAAACCAACCGAAAGAAAGGAGAAAACAGAGCAGGCAAACAUGGCAGUGUUUUCCGUAGCAGAUAAUGCUAUGUUCAACCUCUCCAGAUCUUUUCCUCGUUUCUCUCAGCCACCCUCUCUCAGAUAUUCAUCUCAGAAAGUCUCCCGCGUCUGCUUCAUCUCCGCCUCCAAAUCCGAGGGACGAAAUGCGGCCGGGGAGAACAAGGGAUAUGACAAAGCGAAAGAAACCAUGGGAGAAGGCCUAGAAAACACGAAGCGAAAAGCCGAGGAAAUGAAAGAGACGACCAAGGAUUACGCGCAGGAAGCAAAGGAUAAGACGAAGAGCGCAGCUGAGACUAUGGAGGAGAAUACGAAGAGCGCAGCUGGGACUAUGGAGGAGAAGGCGAAAGAGGGAACGAAUAGAGCAGCGGAGACGGUGGAGAGCACCAAGGAGAAAGCUAAAGAGUACGGUUACGAGACAAAGGAGAAGACCAAUGAGAUGGCGGACACUGUGACAGAAAAAGUGGGGGAGGGGACUCAGAGGGCAGCCGAGACAGCGGAGAGCGCGAAGGAGAAGGCCAAAGAGAAUAUGUGGGGGAUGGAGAAGAAAACAGAGGAUGCGGUGGGAACUUUGGCGGAGAAGGUGGAGGAGGGGAGAAGUAAGGCGGCGGAGACGGCAAAGGACACAGUGGAAGGGGCUUGGGGGGCGGUGAAGGAGACGGGGCAGAAGAUUAAGGAGACGGUGGUAGCUCCUGAUGAGGAAGUGGGAGGUGGUGGCCAUUGAUGAUGACUACUAGUGAGAGUGAUGUGGAAGUUGAUGUGGAUGGCGAUGGCGUGGCGGAAGGGAAUGUGAUGGAUGCCAACUAAGGCGGCAUGCCAGCAAGGGCCUUGUGAAGUAAUAUUGAGACUUACAAUAUUUCGUUUUUAAUUUACAGCUGUUGUGAUCGAUGAAUUGUGCAUUCUAAUAAUAAAUCUAAACCAUUGAAAUAAGCCGUGUUUUGAGAUGCA